AUGGACGCCGAUAACGAAUUCUACUGCGCCCGUCUCCGCGCGCUUCAAGGAGUCGAUGAGACUGCUGAACAGGUGGUUCUGCGUCUUAAUGUUGCCGGCGUUCUUGAAAAUACGUAUAUCUUUUAUACCUCCGAUAAGGAUAUUCGCGUACCGAUGUUAAUUCGUGAACCUGGGAUUCCGGUUGGUUGGAAGGUUGACUUCGUAACUACGCUUGUUGAUCUUGCGCCGACUAUCUUUGAGGUCGCGAGGUUAGAGUUUAAGGAGGAGUUCGAUAUAAGUCAGGUGCCACUGACGACAGGAGAAAUUGAAGAGGAAAGGUCAUCGUGGGGGCAGCAUGAGUACGUCAAUGUCGAGUAUGAAACAAAGCCGGAUUUGAAGGGGAGACGAGUAGAGCGCCGAAUGGAAGCCCAAUCGCCUUCCGGAACAACACUUGCAAGGCGCUCAGAGCUCUUGGAUCGGGCUAUAAUCUAUAUUAUUUGGUAUGGUACACGAAUGAACAUGAGCUUUAUUAUUUGA